AUCGCUCGAAUUGCAUCUGAUUAUUUUAAUUACCAGCCGCAGCAGCCAACUCAGCUCGCACGAGAAUUGAGAGAUCUACAGUGAUAUUGAAUUAAUUUCAUAUAUAUAUAUAUAUAUGUCUCCAUCACUUAAUUUCUCUCUCGCCUGCAAAGCCAAAAUACUACCAUUAGUAGUAGCUGCGGUGUCGCAGAUUAUGGAGCGGUUUUGGCAGAUCCAAAACCCCACGUCUUCCCUGCAGCAUUUAUUGCCUCACCGACUAGCCUCGCUGAUAUAAGCAUCCAUCAUCACCCUCUCCGGGCUUCCCCUUCCUCGCUGCUACUUCCAAGUCAAAGUAUUACUCACUCCCUUUUCUCCGAAGAAAGAUUCGUUUUCUCGAUCUUUUCCUCUGUUUGCUUACUUACAGCUGAAUAUACGUUCAUUAACUGUUAAUUUAAUGUCUCUGUUUAUUGGAUGAUUGGAUCACUUGGUCACUUCUCUAGAUUCCCGAAGAGGAGCGUCGGAAUCUCUCAUUUAUGGCGGUUGAAGAAGGCCUUCGCUAAUUAUAGGCUCCCAACCAGUUCGCCUCGGUUCAAUUCAACCCUCUACCUACAUUAAUUAAACGUUUCUUUCAGUUAUUACUCAUCUCUCGCUCGCUCUCGCUCUCGCUCUGUUCGUCUUUGGGAGGAGAGAAUUAAAUUAAACCCGUAGAGAACGAAACUUUCGAUUUCAAAGCUAGCGCAAGGAGGAGCUGAUCUAUCCGAUCAAAGGUGAGAGACCGAUGGGGAACUGUCAGGCGGCAGAGGCGGCGACGGUGGUGAUUCAACAUCCAGGCAACAAGGUGGAGCGGAUUUACUGGUCAGUGAGUGCUCACGAGAUCAUGAAUGCGAACCCCGGUCACUACGUGGCGCUCGUCGUCAACUCUCCGACGGUGAAGCUCGACAACGGCACGCCGGCGAGGCAGCUCAAGCUUCUCCGGCCUGACAAUACGUUGCUCAUUGGACAAGUUUACAGGCUCAUCAGCUUCGAAGAUGUGCUGAAGGAGUUUGCUGCGAAAAAGUGCUUGAAACUGGGGAAGCUGUUGGAGAGAGGAGGCAUUGGUCUGGAGAAGACGAAACUUUGUGGCGGUUCAAAUCUGAACCGCAGCCCGAACCCGGAGAACUGCCCCACUAUUAAGGUGCAGCACCAGGUUUACCGAGUAGGGAGCAGCGGCGGCAAAGGUGGAGGUGGAGGGCAAUGGAAACCAGCCUUACAGAGCAUCGCAGAGGUUGGAACUUCAACAGCAGCACUUUGUCUGCCCACCUGACUUUCAUUAGACCAUCGCAGUUUGCACUUCGCUUUGUGAUUCCUGUGGCGAAUAAAAAACAAAAACAUAACCAUCUUCUUUUUUCUCGCCUUUUCACACGUUAUGCUGGCUGAUGGCGCUCUUAUUUUCAGACGCUUGUAUCGACCGAGGGGGUUGGUUUGUGCUUGACGUAACUGGUAUAAAUCAUUGAAGACCGAUUAACAAGUCCAGUUUGAUUCA